AUGCGUCUCUUCAGGCUGCUGGCGCUGACAGCGCUGUCGCUGACCGCCACCGUCUCCGCGAAAAAGGCUGCCACGACCAGCAAAUUCGACACCUACUUGGCUCAGCAAGCCUCCUCCGCACCCUUCGAACUCGACGAGAAAAGCUACAGUGAACUGACGGCCUCGCCGCGGGACUACUCCCUGGCCGUUCUGCUCACAGCUCGAGACGCCAAAUACGCAUGUGGCAUUUGUCGAGAGUUCGAUCCGGAAUGGAGCAUCCUGGCGAGAAGCUGGCAGAAGGGCGAUCGCAACGGGGACAAGAGGCUGCUUUUAGGCACGCUCGAUUUUGAUCAGGGGAGGAACGUGUUCAUGAAGCUACAACUCCAAACCGCUCCUGUUCUCCUCUUCUUCCCUCCUACCGUCGGCCCGCACGCCAAACCUGAAGGUCAACCGCUGCGACUCGAUUUUCUCGGUCCGCAGUCGGCGGAGAACGUCUACAACUGGCUCCUACGACAGCUCCCGGCGGCGGGCGAUUACCCUCGCAUCGUCCGACCCAUCAACUAUGCAAGGAUUGGCGCUUUUCUGACCAUCGCCAUGGGCCUGUUCACAUUCAUCACCGUUGCAUAUCCCUACCUGAUGCCCAUCAUUCAGAACCGCAAUCUGUGGGCCGGCAUCAGUCUGAUCAUGAUCUUGCUCUUCACGAGCGGCCACAUGUUCAACCACAUCCGCAGGGUCCCCUAUGUUGCAGGCAAUGGGCGUGGUGGAAUCAGCUACUUUGCCGGCGGAUUCCAGAACCAGUAUGGAAUGGAGACCCAGAUUGUCGCUGCAAUGUACGCAAUUCUCGCCUUUGCAACGAUCAAUCUGGCUCUGCGAGUGCCCCGGAUCAAAGAUCCCAAGACUCAGCAAGCGGCAGUCAUCAUCUGGGCGGCGAUUCUGUUCGGGAUGUAUAGUUUCCUGAUGAGCGUCUUUCGGGUCAAGAACGGAGGUUAUCCUUUCUGGCUGCCACCAUUCUGA